GAAAAAAAAAAAAUGAAAUUGAUGAAGAAAUGGAUAUUGGAGAUUCUAGUAGUAUUCCAGCAUCAGAUUCUGAAUUCAUGGAAAUACGUAAAAUGCAGUUAUUAUAUGUGGACAAAACAAUUUGGUUGACCAAAUUGCAACUGGAUGGCGGUGUAUACUUUGUAUCACGACCUCAAAAAUUUGGAAAGUCUAUGUUCCUCUCCAUGAUUGAAUCUUUUUUCUUGAACCAACAUCAUCUCUUUGAGGGUUUAUACAUACACAAGAAUCCACCACAAAUGAUUUUUGGGAAUAAAGUACAACUGUGGAAUAAAGACUUACCUCCAGUUCCAGUCAUCAGGCUUGAUUUUUCUAAACUGACAUCAAAUGAAGGACCAGACAUGUUAAAAAAGGAAUUGAUUAACAUGAUUAAAUCAAUUGGAAGCUUCUAUAAUGUCUGCAUCACAAAUGAUACUAGUGUCAAAGCUGCUAUUAAUCAAUUAAUCACAAUCCUAGCUGGUCACAAAGGUAAUGAAUGGAAAAAAGUGGUAAUCCUAAUUGAUGAAUAUGAUUCACCAUUGUUAAGUGUUCUUGAUGUCACAAAAGAAAGCUUGGAAAUUGCAGACAAAAAUCGUGAUAUAUUGAAGGGUUUCUUUGAAGUCAUAAAAGCAUCACAAGCAUACAUUAAAUUUUCAUUUACCACUGGUGUCACAAUGUUUUCACAUGUCAGUUUAUUUUCAGGAGCAAAUAUCCUUGAAGAUUUGACAAUGUCUCCUAUGUUAUCUGGAGCAUAUGGUUUUACAAGUGAUGAGAUAAAUCAAAAAUUUAAAACCUUAUUAAAUAAAUUUGAUAAUCCACAAGAAAUGUUGACUAACCUUCAGCAAAAAUACAAUGGUUAUUCUUGGGAUGCCAAGAUCAAGGGAAAAACCAGCCUUUUAGCCAAGUUGAUCAGUAUGGAGCAUGUCAAAGAUAUUGCAGAUGAAAUUAAAAUCAGUCAAGAUUCAAUUGUACCUGUUGAUAUUGCAGAUAUACAAAAAUCAUCUAAAUUCCCUGUGUCAUUAUUUUUUCAAACUGGUUAUUUGACUAUCAAACAACAAGAAGGAGCAAAUUUGGUUCUUGAUAUUCCAAACACAGAAGUACGUGAAUCUUUGAUGGGUGAACUUUGGGCUAAAUUUAAUAAGGAUUUGGGUACUAUUCCAUACAAUGCUACUAAAAAAGCACCAAACUUUGAAGGCUAUUAUCAUUCACAUGUACAUAUGUUGGUGCAUUAUAUUGGUCAGCCAUUUCGUAGUGAGGAUAGUCCUGAGAAAGAAAAAUUGGAUUCUUUCUUAGAUGAAUUUUUUUAA